AUGACAGUUUUUCUAUUGGGGAAAACAACCAUUUGCCACAUUAUACACGAAACUUGUGCUGCACUUUAUGCGAUCUUAAAAGACGAGUUCCUAAAGAUUCCGAGCACUACGGAAGAAUGGGUAACAGUCGCUGACCGUUUUGAGCAAAGGUGGAAUUUCCCCAAUUGCUGCGGAGCACUUGACGGAAAGCACAUAGCCAUUCAAGCGCCUGCACACUGUGGAUCAGAAUAUUUUAAUUAUAAGAAGUUUAACAGUAUUGUCCUGAUGGCUAUGGUAGAUGCUGACUACAAAUUUUUGUUUGUGGAAGUCGGAGCGUAUGGUCGAGAAUCUGAUGGCGGAGUUUUCGCAAGAUGCCCACUUUCGGCAGCUCUUGCUGAUAAUAGCAUUAAUUUUCCGACUCCGAGGCCACUUCCACAUGAAGCGGACCCUAUGCCAUUUGCUAUCACGAGCAAGAAAUGUAGUAGAAAAUGUGUUCGGCAUAUGUGCAUCGCGUUUCCGAAUUCUCAGACGGCCAAUGGACGUAAAACCGGAUUAUGCAAAAGCUAUUGUCCUCGCGAUUUGUGUCCUGCAUAA